AUGGGCAUCUUCAGCCGCCGAGCUCGAGAUGGCCCUGCCAUUCAUGACCGCCGCCGAUCUGCCCGUCAUCACCACCACCACGAGCCGUACUCGAUGGCAACGCGUCCGACGUUUGGGCACUGGCUGAAAGUUACCUGGUUGGACAUCCUCACCAUGAUCAUCAUGGGAGCCGUCGGCCUCGGUGUCUACAUGGCUCACCCAGCCCCGAGCCGGUCCUUCGCCGUGACCUUCUCGGACGGCGAGGUGGUGUAUCCAGAGUUCGCCUACCCGAUGCGCAAGGAGAUUGUGCCCAUCUGGCUGGCGGCCUUCCUUGCGACGGUGAUCCCCAUCGUGGUCAUCCUGGCCAUGCAGGUGCGGAUCCGGUCCUUUUGGGACGCCAACAACGCCAUCGUGGGGCUCUUUUACGGUGUCAUCGCGGCGGCCGUGUUCCAGGUCUUCAUCAAGUGGCUGAUCGGCGGGCUGCGGCCGCACUUCCUGACCGUGUGCCGGCCCGACGUCAGCCUGGCCAGCGCGGACCCGGGCAUCACGGACGGCGGGUACAACGCCAAGGGGUUCAACCAGAUCUACUACACGCGGGAGAUCUGCACGGGCGACCGCGACGAGAUCGACGACAGCCUCGAGUCGAUGCCGAGCGGGCACGCGACGGCGGCGUUCGCGGGCUUCGUCUACUUGUACCUGUACCUCAACGCCAAGCUCAAGGUCUUCGCAAACUACCACCCGGCCAUGUGGAAGCUCGUGGCCAUCUACGCGCCCCUGCUCGGCGCCUGCCUCAUCGGCGGCGCCCUCACCAUCGACGAGUUCCACAACUGGUACGACAUCGUCGCCGGCGCCGUCAUCGGCACCGUCAUGGCCUUCUCCGCAUACCGCAUGUGCUACGCCGCCAUCUGGGACUGGCGCAUCAACCACGUGCCCCUGAGCCGCGUCGCGCCGAUCUCGUUCGCCGGCGACCACGAGCUGGCGGGCGCGACGUUUACGAGAAGGGCUGGGUGGGGCAUCGGCGGCGCGGCGGCUGCCGAGACCGGACUGGGUGGCAACGGUGUCGCUCCCGUCGGUGGUGUUGCUGGCAAUGGCACCGGGGGGUUGGGUUAUCCUCACCGUAAGCCUGUGGCGUCGGGGAUGCGGCGCGGGGAUGAAAUGGUUUGA